UUCCUAUUCCUAUUCCUAUUAGAAAGUAAUCACGGGCGAAUUUAGGGUAUAAUUUACUUUCGAAGAAUUCCCCGACUUCCUAUUAUCUACUAACUACACACUACAAACGUCAAACCCAGUCGGCAACCGGCAGACGAUAAUUCCGGCAGUCUCCUCCGCAUCCACCGCCAAUCCGCCACUUCCCCUGCCGUCAUUCUUUGUUUGUUUAAGGUUUUGGAUGCAAAAACAGAGUCAUCGAUACUUCUAAUUGGUCAAGUAAUACGCUCUGAAUUUGAAUUAUCAGAAAUGGAUCGUCGUCAUGCUGUUAUUUUCGUUUUGAUGAUGGUUACACUUACUUCUUCAUCUGCUUUCCAGAUUCACCCUGGUUAUCAGAUCGGGAAUCAUAAAAGCACAAUUUCCCCCUUCUCUACUGCACUUCAAACCCUACAAAAGCAGAUUAAUUAUACUUUCCAUAGCAUCGAUCUCCUACGACGUGCAGUAACCCAUGCAUCAUUUUCUGAAGAGAACAAUCGAGCAUUAAGCAUUCUAGGCACAAGCAUUAUAGAAACAUCUGUGUCCUCUCGGUAUCUUCUAGACGACAUUGAUAUUUCUUCAAAAAUUCUGAACAGCAAGAUAGCAGAGGUAUCUAGUGUGGAGUCCUCAUGUGCUGUGGAUGGCAUGCGCUUGGCAUUGCACAAAAUAAUUAGAGUCUCCCACAAAACUAACUCAACUGCUCCUGCUAUAGUCUGUGGUGCUUUUCGUGCCAUGUUUGGUGCAAUCGCUCUUGACUCGGGAAGGUCUGAUGAUGCUGGAAAUGUGUUUUGGAACUUGCAUACGCGCACUAUUCAAAUAGCUGCACUUUAGGCAAGUGUCCGAACUAGAUUCACGACAUCCUAUCUUUAUGUGUUUGUAUCACUCGUAUGAACUGUGAUGAGUAAUAGAUUUCAUAUAUGUUUCUUAUUCGAAGUAUGAUUGUUCAUGUGUAUCCGAAAGUGCUUCUCUAUCGUAGUUUGUUGGAAUGUAAUGCAUGUCCUCAAUGAGAUCUUUGAAAGAAAUGUAGUAUGAUCA